UCAAUUGUAGGAGGCGAGCACGUCCAGCUCCAAAAACCAAAGGCAACCAGACAAGAAACUUGAUUCCAACAACGGAGUGAGAGCUGUAUAAAAUUCUGGUGACACCUGACAACGUGUAAACUCCGCGAUUCGAUUUGGCAAAAUAAAUUAUACCUUUGCCAGGCUGGCGGACAGUUCACGGCGUUAGCAAUGAGUCUGCCAUUAAAUGUAGCCAGCUUGCACAGUGCCAGAUGCUAAUGUCCGAUGUUGGACAAGCUGUUUAGACACAGCUGCUCAACAAGAGGGCUCAACCAAUACGAAAACAACCGCUACAUAGGGCUUCCAUACCCACCGAUUAAACAGCAAAGCGAAACGCGUGACGACCGUCAGUUUAAUGCCAAUGGCACAGUAGACAAGGAGUGCAGUGAACGCCCACCCACCAAACCCCCAAGGAUGCGAUCGCGUAAGGUGCUGCUUAUAGUUGGUUUUCUGAUUACGUGGACCUACGCCACCUACUACCUACUGCUCCGCAACACCGGAGUAAAUUUAAGCAGGGCUCAAGCUCAUCAGAUGUACCGUCUCAACGUCGAGGCGAGAGAUGCGAACAAGAAAAGUCACGACAUGGCCAAGAACCUCUUCCAGUUGGUCAAAACCAAGUAUGACCAAGCACAGAAGGUCUCGACGCCCCAGAUUAGCAUAGUGGCUGCCGAGAUCUCCGGGGAGAUGCUGGAUCAACCUGUGGCAAAACAAACCACGGCGUUGAUACCAACGAGAACAUAUAUGGGCAAUGGCGAACCUGUCCUUCCCGUGCUGGUUUUUGCCUGCAAUCGGGUUUCGGUCAAGAAGUGCAUCGAUAAUCUGAUUCAAUAUCGUCCCAGCAUGGAAAAAUUUCCCAUUAUUGUGUCCCAGGAUUGUGGCGAUGAGAAUACCAAGGGGGUUAUCCAAUCCUUCGGCAAUCAAGUCACCCUCAUUGAGCAGCCGGACCAGAGCGACAUCAAAGUCCUGCCCAAGGAGAAGAAGUUUAAAGGCUACUAUAAGAUAGCCCGACACUAUGGCUGGGCUCUGAACACGACUUUUAAAGUUGGUUUCGAUUUCGCCAUCAUUGUGGAGGAUGACUUGAACGUGGCGCCAGAUUUCUUUGAAUAUUUCCUGGGCACACACAAAUUGCUCAAACAGGAUCCCAGUUUGUGGUGCGUCUCCGCUUGGAAUGACAAUGGCAAGGCUGCUGUUGUGGACGCCUCGAAACCAGAGUUGCUAUAUCGCACCGAUUUCUUCCCCGGCCUGGGCUGGAUGCUCACCAAAGAGCUGUGGAGCGAGCUUUCAGUUAAAUGGCCCAAAUCCUUCUGGGAUGAUUGGAUACGUCAUCCGGCCCAGCGGAAGCAUCGCGUGUGCAUCAGACCGGAGAUAUCUAGAACUCGCACUUUUGGAAAAAUAGGCGUAUCGAAUGGGUUGUUCUUUGAUAAGUAUCUCAAACACAUUAAGCUCAGCGAGGACUUUGUGCAGUUCACAAAACUCAAUAUGAGCCAUUUGCUAAAGGAUAACUAUGAUAAGACCUUUGUGCAGAGUGUCUAUACGUAUCCCAUCGUCACGUACGAUGAGCUGCGUCGCAACCUGAUAGCAGCCGAGGGACCAGUCCGCAUCCAAUACACCACGCGGGAGCAAUACAAGCGAAUAACCAAGAUGCUGGGCCUCAUGGAUGACUUCAAGAGCGGGGUGCCACGCACUGCUUAUCACGGCAUCGUUUCCUUUUUCUACAACAAACGACGCGUGCACCUCGCACCCAAUGCCAACUGGAAGGGCUAUGAUCUCUCGUGGAGCUAACGACGCUAAAAACCAACCAACACCAACCGCACCAUAGCCUACACACUCAGCUACGUGUGCUUGCAAUACCAAAAAGUAGUCCUAUGUGUAUUUUUUAUUUUGUUUUGACCAAUUAGUUAAGUCGUAACUAUGGAAUCUCCUUGAGCAAGCAGCCCUGCUGCAUGACAAACAGAAUCAAAUCAAAAGAGUCUCCGCCAUGUAUACAUAGCUUGUAAUUACCUAAAUUUUGGGGCUUUUAGGAAGCAACACAACGUAACGCAAAGCAACGCAACGUAAUAUAUGGUAAAUAAGUCAGUGUUGUUUGCUAUUGUUAGAGCUAAUUAUCUCUCUUCACUCCAUUGUGUUAAGUGCAAUUAGUAAAAAGCUAGUA